AGAGGAAAAGGAAACACGUAAAAACAGUAAUAAGAGAAAUAGAACAAAAAAUAGAAGAUAAGGAAAUAUAAAAGCAAGGAAAGAGAAAAAAAAGUGAUAGAAACAAAAACGUAAAUAAACAAAAGGAUCCAAAGAGAAAAACAAGAAAAUAAACAAAAUAAACAAAACCAAACAAAAAAAAAAACAUCCAAAAUAAAAAAAGUGACAGAAAAAUAGAAACAAGAAAACGAACGAAAAACAAACAAACAAGAAGAAAACAACAAAACAAAACAAAACAAACAACAUAAAAAGAAAAACGGAAAAAGAAAACGUAAGCAAAGAACCCACGGUAAACUAAACCAAACCAAAACAGACGCUCUUAAAAUAAAUAAAUAAAUAAAAACCAUAGAAAACGGAGCCAGCAUGAGUACCACAAACAUUAGCUGCGUCAGGAGGCGGAGGCGGAGGAGGAGGCGGCGGCGGAGGAGGAGGAGCAGUAUCACAGUUUUACCGAGAUCGCUGCCUCCUCAUAACUGGCGCCACAGGAUUCAUGGGGAAGGUACUGGUGGAGAAAUUACUGCGAUCCUGCCCCGGUAUAUCCUGCAUCUAUCUUCUCAUGAGACCUAAGGGUGGCCAGGACGUGAGGGCCAGGCUGGAAGAACUUCUCAAUUCCAAGCUCUUCGACCAGCUGCGUGCCACAUCCCCCGAGGCCCUGAGGUGUCUGGUGCCGAUACAGGGGGACAUAAUGCUGCCAGGGCUGGGCGUGGCACCGCAGGACGCUGCCAUGCUUAUCUCCAGGGUGUCGGUAGUGUUCCAUGCAGCCGCCACUGUAAAAUUUGACGAGGCCCUCAAACUAUCGCUGCAAAUGAAUGUGUUGGGAACAAAACGACUAGUGGAGCUCUGUCACAAGAUGGAACGCCUGGUGGCCCUCAUCCACGUCUCCACUGCCUAUUGCAACUGCGACCGGGGGGAGGUGAAGGAGAUGGUGUAUCCUCCACCUACUGAUCCAUACAAGCUUAUUCAACUGGUGGACUGGAUGGAUGACGACACAUUCAACCACCUCACUCCCAAGUUAAUUGGCUCGCGCCCCAACACCUACACCUAUACCAAGGCCCUGGCGGAACAUGUGUUGGUGCAGGAAGCCACAUCUCUCCCCCUUGCCAUCGUCAGGCCUUCCAUAGUGGCGGCAGCGUGGCGCGAGCCCCUGCCGGGAUGGGUGGACAACCUGAACGGACCAACGGGGCUCAUCGUGGGGGCCGGCAAGGGGAUGCUGCGGACCCUGCACUGCCGAGGGGAGCUGGUGGCGGACCUUAUCCCUGUUGACAUCCCAAUAAACCUACUGAUUGUGGCUGCCUGGUAUACUGCUACUCAGAGGAAGAACGGGGAGCUACUGGUGUACAACUGCGUGUCUGGCAUGGAGCGGCCCGUCAGGUGGGGGGAGAUCAACAAGCACGGGAUGUCGGCACUGAGGAGGAAUGCCAUGAACGAUGUAGUGUGGUAUCCGAGCCUGAGGUUCACCCAACACAAGGCUCUCAACACCAUCGCUGUCCUGCUCCAACACUGGCUGCCUGCUUACCUCAUGGAUGCUGCCGCUAGACUUGCUGGGAAAAGACCUAUCAUGGUCAGAAUCGCACAGAAGCUGGACCGCGCCGCCUCCUGCCUUGAGUACUUCACAACACAUGAAUGGCACUUCUGCAAUGACAAUGUACAGGGGCUCUGGGCGGCACUCUCAGAGACAGACCAGCACACUUUCAACUUUGCCCUGUCCGCCCUGCACUGGCCUACCUACAUGGAGCAGUACUGUCUGGGCACCAAACGUUACGUCAUGAAGGAGGAGUUGACCACUUUGCCAACUGCUCGGCGUCACCUGUCCAAGAUGUGGUGGGUGCAGCAGGCGUGGCGCGUGGUGGUGGUGGUGGUGGCGUGGCGGCUGGUGAUGUUGCGGAGUAGUGCGGCAAGGCGGAGCUGGGCAGCGCUGUUCCGUCUGCUGUUAAGGUUACUCACCUACCUGCCGCUGUUCAACAGGAUAUGAUGAGCAGUGCAUCUCUUUAGGCUGUUCUCGUUAAGAUGCUGUUGCUACUAUUACUACUACUGCUAUUACUGCUGUUUCUACUGCUGUUGUGUUUUUGCUUCUUCUGUUUCCGUUUUUAUCACUGCUGCUACUACUACCACUACUACUACUACUACUACUACUACUACUACUACUGCUAUUACUACUACUACUACAACUACUACUACUAUUAUUACUAUUACAAAUCUCUAUUGCUCUUUAUUUAUUCCUCUCUCUCUCUCUCUCUCUCUCUCUCUCUCUCUCUCUCUCUCUCUCUCUCUCUCUCUCUCUCUCUCUCUCUCUCUCUCUCUCUCUCU